UCAUGAAAUUCGGUUUUGUUAUGUACGUUGUUAGUGUUCUUCUUAUGCCGAUUGAUGUUUGAUUACAGAUUGAAGAGGCUAUGGGUGGGAUUUUGUUCGUGGACGAAGCAUACCGUUUAGUACCUGUGCGAUUGCAAGGUCAUUCCCAAGACUUGGGUGUGGAAGCAUUGGAAGAGAUUAUGUCCGUGUUGGAAGAUGGGAAAAUUGUGGUCAUUUUUGCGGGCUAUACAGAGCCGAUGAAGCGUGUGUUCUCUUCAAACGCGGGAUUCACAAGAAGAGUGACUCACUUUUACCAAUUUAAUGAUUUUACAUGCAAAGAUCUUGCGGAGAUGCUCAUUCUAAAGAUGAGUAAGCAAAACGACAAGAGCCGGUUGUACGGGUUUAAGCUACAUCCUUUGUGUACUUAUGACGAUGUUCUUGGAGUGAUAGAGAAGAACUCCACUGAGAAGAUGCGGAAUAAAAUGAAUGGAGGUUUGGUGGAUCAUAUGCUGAACAAUGCUCGAGAAAAUCUGGAUUCGAGGAUGAAUUUUGACGCGAAAUUUGAUGAAUUGGUGACAAUCACGUUAAGUGAUUUGGAGGUUGGACUUCAAAUGUUAUCCCAACAAGUGAAUAUCGACUGAA